AUGAUCAUCUCAAUAGCCACCUACCAACUCCUCGGCUUCAUCCCCGUCUUGGCCAUCCUGUUGCUUGCAUUUGGUAAACUUAUAUCCCGAAGGUACUGCACUCCUCCAUUAGAUGCUCACGGCUCUGCCGUGCUGAUUACCGGCUGUGACAGCGGCUUUGGAUAUGAGCUGGCUCGAUGCUUGGACCAGAAGGGGUUUGUGGUCUUUGCUGGCUGUUUGUUUCCCAGAGGAAUGGGUGCCCAGAACCUGGCUGGACAGUGCUCUAGUCGUUUGAAAAUUCUCAAACUGGACGUGACCAGUGAUGAAGAAGUGCAGCAGGCUAUGAGGAUUGUCAAAGAGAACCUACCAGAAAAAGGCCUGUGGGCAGUGGUUAACAACGCUGGCAUCUCAGAUUGGGCGGAGAUAGAGUGGAGCACAAUUGAAGACUUUCGCCACAUGGUGGACAUCAACCUCUUUGGCUGCAUCAGGACGACUGUGGCCUUCUUACCUUUGGUACGUGCUGCAAAAGGGAGGAUGGUUUUCGUGUCGAGCAUCUUUUCCUUCUUCAACUGCCUGAAUAUGGGAAGCUACAGCAUUUCCAAGCGAGGUCUGGAGGCAUUUGCCGACUGUUUGCGGGUGGAAAUGGCCAGCUUUGGUGUCAAGGUAAGCAUCAUCCAGCCGGGCAACUUUGGCCAAGCCACCAACAUUGUAAAGAUGAAGACCGUGUCUGAUAUAUGGGCAAAGUUUGAUGAAGAGCGAAAGCAAAUAUUUAACAAAGGCUAUAUCGAGCUAGCCAUCGAGUACUUUGUCUCCACAUGCAAGACAGGCUUCACCAACCCAGACAAGGUCAUCAAUGCCAUGUUGCACGCCCUUACAGCCCCUCACCCUAAAAGACGAUAUAUGGUAGUUUCAGCCAUGGAUCGAGUAUUUUUCCAACUCUACCCUUUUCUCCCCACUGCGCUCACUGAUUCUGUGUUUUCUCUCAGCUCUAUAUAUGACAAAAGAAAAGAAAUGUUGUAUGUGAAAUAG